AUGCUUGGCCAGUUAUCCUUAACCAGGCACCCAGCCGCCCGCGCAUGGUCAAUGUCACAUACUGUUAAGCCUCUGGCCUUCUGCCUUGGUGGCUCCUUUCGCUUCUUCACGAACACGCAUAACUUGCUUACACGGCAGAAAAAGAGCUGUUCAUUUACCCCGUCCAAGGAGCAGCAAGAGAUCGCAGAACUUUGCGGUACGAAGAAUGUUAUCGUGUCGGCUCGGCCAGGCUCCGGCAAAACGGCUACGGCUGAGGCUAUUGUAGCCGCCCACCCAGACAAACGAGUAGUUGUGCUCACCUACUCAAAGAGACUUGAGCUGGAGACCCAUCGACGGCUUUGCACCUACUCUAACUGCAAAGUCUUCACUUUUCACGCCAUGGCCGGCUUGCUUUUUGGGACCCUUGUCCCCAACGACGCUACUUUGGCGCAGCAGAAAAAACGAGUCCUUGAUCGCAACGAGCUUCCUCGGUGGGAUUCCGCGCCCUUCGACAUUAUUGUUUUAGACGAGUUUCAGGAUUGUACCAAACUCCUCUUCUGGCUUAUUAACUGCUUCAUCCUCGCCAACGACCAGAAGGCGGGGGGUCAAUCUGCCCGUCUCGUCGUAUUGGGUGAUGAGCGACAAGCCAUUUACGGAUUCCGUGGUGCCGAUGACCGCUACCUUACUUUGGCUCCUGAAGUACUGGGUAUUAUCAGCCCAUAUCCCUUUACCAAGAUUCAGUUGGAUCGAAGUUUUCGACUAUCGGAUCAGUCAGUUCGGUUCAUCAACAAUACUUUUCUCAGUGGCGAAUCAUACAUCACCAGCUCCAAGCCUGGGCCUAAGCCUAUUAUCCUAAGAUGCCAUCUUCGGAACAGCUAUGCGAGGUUAGCUAAGCAUCUGUCAGACCUGAUCAAGCUCUACGGGGCUAAGAAUACCGCAAUUAUAGCGCCAGCUGUGCGUAAACUCAGGCCAUUACAGGACGUUGUCAACAUCUUGUCAAAGAAAUACGGAGAGCCCAUCGCCGUAUCAAUCGACGACGAGGUUCCUCUAGAUGACAGGGUAAUUAAGGGCAAGCUGUGUGUUUCUACAAUUCACCAGUUCAAAGGCAGCGAGCGUGAUCUGGUCAUCCUCUUCGGCCUCGAUUCCUCGUUUCUUUUUGGCCGCGAUCUUCCCCAUGAUCAAUGCCCCAACGAGGCUUUUGUGGCUCUAACACGUGCCGCAGAACAGCUUGUCUUGGUCCAUAAUGAGGAUAAGAAGCUCAUGCCUUUUGCAUCGGUCGAAGCUCUAUACGAAACCGCCAACAUUAUCAACAUGACAAGAAAUCGGAACAACAUUAAACCGCCCGAUCCUUCAGGCCGACCCUUUAAGCGUGGGCCUACCGUCCCAGGCUGUAUCGCGGUCCGAGACAUAGCCCGGCACAUAACAGAUGAACAUCUCGACGCCAUUGUUCAUACUCACCUAUGUAUCCAGGUACAAUCGCCUCUACCAGAGGAUCAGCACAUUAAACUCCCAGAUGUCGUGAUUUCGGACAAAGGAAAGAGGUUCUACGAAGCUGUGAGCGAUUUGAAUGGCCUUGUCGUUGCCGCAGCGUUUGAGCAUGAGAUGGCUGGAACAUUGAGUGCGCUUGGACUCGGCCAACGCAAGACUGACACAGCUCCUGAAAUCCGCUCACGGGAAGGUGUCUCUUGGCUUUGUCGAAAGGCCUGUGCCUACCAAGCUCUCGUCUCGGGCUAUCUCUCGCGCGACAUCCAGAUGGCAAACCACAAAUUCGAUUGGAUAGAACCUGACGACCUUGCCCUCGCGUGCAGUCGACUCCGGCGAGAGCUCAGUGGAAUAGCCGCAAACCCCAGGUUCGAGGUUGAAUCUGUGGGGAGUUUCCGCAUUGAUGAUCAGAGAUGCCGACUCUUUGGUCGAGCUGACAUCGUGGCGGCUUCAUCCAAUUCGGACGGGAACAACGUUGGGGGCGUGGAGUCUGUCUGGGAGAUCAAAUUUGUCUCACAACUUUCAAACCAGCAUGUCAUACAGGCAUGUACGUAUGCCUGCUUGUUGAAACUCCCGCGCAUUGUACUCUACAAUGUACGAAAUGGGCAGAAGUGGAACAUCACACCUCGUGACGGGCAAGAGGGGUUGCGUUCCAUGAUGGAACGCGUCCUAAAACUUAAACAUACAACUCAGGGCAAGAUGAGUGAUAAGGAGUUCAUUGAGAUGUGUACCCGGGCGAGCUUGGAAGUGCUGAAUCUGCGUUCUUAG